AUGGGAGCCAAAUUUUGCCAUUGCGCCAUUACUAUCAUCGUUGCCUUGUCUCAAUGGCCACUUGUAAUAAUUGCAUCUUGCCAAGAUAGCUACUAUGAUGACAAUCUCCAUAUGACGACUAACAUUAAUUUGGAACAUCUAUUGCCUGAUAAUGCAUGUCGGAACUUCAUUCCAUAUGGAACAAGAGUUCUCUCUCUCUCUCUCUCUCUCCGUUCUCUUCAAAGCCCUCCUAAAACCCAGCUCACCUCUCCGUGCUCGCGUCAAUGGCGGAUUCCUGGGCCUGCACGAGCCACCUCCGUCUCCGCACGGCCUCCCUCCCUCCUCUUUCUCCGACCUCUCGUCCCCAUCACCUCGUCCCCAGCUUCUCCUUCAGCAUCUCCCGCCGUUCGCCCGGACGCGCGCUCGUCCACCCGCCUCCCCUCACGCGCCGCCGCCCUGCCGCCGCUCCGAUGCCGGCCCGAAAGACUCCACGUUUCGCCGAAAGCCGCCAAAUUGAGCCUGCCCACGAUCCCCUCAGACGACGGCGGGCGUAAAGCCCGCGCCUUGCUCUCGCCCGCCGCGAGAUUCCUCCGGUUCUUGUCCGGAAAGCUGGUGAUUUGUCUUCUGGGUUCGUUCGUUUUCGUGGGGUUCGUCCAUUCGAAGCCGGGUCUCGCGCUGUCUCCUCCAGCGAGCGAGGCUAGCCCCCAGACGGGGGAUGCGCGGGAGGAGGAUGGCGAUGAGGAGGAGAUGAGCGAGAGGCUCUUGGAGACGGACCCGACGAAUGUGGAGGCGCUGAAGGUGGUCUUGUAUGGGAAGAUGAGGAGAGGGAAGACCAAGGAGGCGGUGAAGUACGUGCAGAGGCUGGCGGAUGCGGAGCCGGACGAGGUUGAGUGGAAGCUUUUGCUUGCUCUGUGUCAUGAGACGAUGGGUCAGAUCAGCACUGCGAAGAGGCUGUUCAGGGAAAUCUUGGAAGAGACGCCUCUUAUGCUCAGGGCCUUGCACGGUCUGGCCAUGGUGAUGCAUAAGAACCAAGAAGGGCCGGCUAUCUUUGAGAUGCUAAAUAAGGCUCUUGAAUUAGCCCGUCGUGAAAAUAGAGUCACUGAAGAUCGAGAUAUCAGGAUUUUAAUUGCUCAAAUGCAUGUUGUAGUGGGGAACCUGAAUGCGGCAUUGAAAGAUUUUCAAGAUCUAGUUAGUGACAAUCCUCGAGAUUUUCGGCCUUAUCUUUGUCAGGGGAUAAUAUAUAGUCUGUUGGACAAGAAGAAGGAAGCCCAAGAACAACUCGAGACGUAUCGAAGCCUUGUACCUGAGGAAUUUCCACAAAGAGGAUUUCUUGACGAUGUUGUUUUGGCAGCAAAAUCGGCAACAUGGGAACAACUUCAGAAGGAGUUCAAAGCUGAACUUAGAAGUGAAAGAUCAUCUGGGUAGAAUUUGACAUUAUCAGCUGAUAUAUUCAGUUACAAACCUCAAACGGAGAGUAGAAAUUAGCUUCCUCAGGGCAAUGUAUACUAUAGAAUUAGUCCACAGCUGACUAAAAUGGCCGGAGAUUACAUAGAGGUUGAGGAGUGGAAGCUAGGUUUUUCUUCACCGCUGAAAGAGAAACGAAAAAUGAAAAGGCAGAUUGGAACAAAGUAGGUCAUUGAAUUCUUCUGUCAAAAUUCCAGGCAUUGUGGCUUUUAUAAAUGGAAUACUACAGAUUCUUCAUUUUUUAAA